CCCCGGCGGAGGGACUAGAACGGAAUAUGAGGCGAUCGAUCGCGAGGGUGCUGUGGCGCGCGCGCGCCUCCGUCGCCGCGUCGUCGUCGUCGUCGUCGUCGUCGUCGUCCGCGCUUCUCCCGGUGCCCUCCGAGCGAUUUUCGUCGGUGCUGACGGCCGGGACGACGGAGUGCUCGGCGGCGUUCACGCGCGGGUUCUCGGGGCUCGCGGCGACGAGCGCCUCGAGGACGCGAACAUCACGGACGUUUCCCGCGAUCGCGACCCAGCAAACGCGCGGGAAGAAGAAGAAAGCCGGGAAGGAAAAGGCCGCGCCCGCGCCCAGGGCGGACGAGGAUCCCGGGGACGACGUCGCCGACGACGACGACGACGGCUCGGACACCGCCGCGGAGUUCGAUCCUGCCGCGUUCGAGCAGCUGAUGGAAUCCGCGAUCGAGGCGCUGGAGCGCGACCUCGGCAAGCUUCGCACCGGCCGCGCCUCCCCGGGGAUGCUCGAGAACCUCGUCGUGCAGGCGUACGGCGAUCACACGCCCCUGCAGCACCUCGGAUCAGUCACGGCGAGAAACCCGCAGACCCUCGCGGUGAUGCUCUACGACGCGUCCCUCAAAGCCGCGGUGGCGGCGGCGAUUCGGGACUCGCCGCUGGGUUUCAACCCGAGGGAGGACGGUGACACGCUCGUGGUGCCGGUGCCGGAGAUGAACGCGGACGUCAAGCGGGAGGUUGCGAAGAUGGCGGCCAAGGCCGGGGAGACGGCGAAGAUAUCGGUGAGGAACGCGCGGAAGAAGGGGAUGGACGCCAUCAAGAGGGCGAAGAUGCCCGAGGACGAGGCGAAGCGGGCGGAGAAGGAGGUGCAGAAGUCGCACGACGCGUUCGUCAAGAGGUGCCAGGAUCUCACGGUCGCCAAGGAGAAGGCCAUCAUGGCCGCGUAACUUUUGAUAAACUAACUGUU